UUUGGUGAGAGAUUGAGCGAUAUCUGCAUUUUCAGCACAAAUUACCGGCUUCUUGAAUCCAUCAUUUCAGGACAAGGUGACUAUAAAACACAUACACAGAAGCUGACAGUCCAUCAGACAUCAUUAUAUCCAUUGGACAGGGAGACCGCCUGUAUAAGGAAAAUGUCCAACUCAUACUAUCCUGCUUAUCAAAAGGGAGAUGUGGAAUUUGUCCGGACGGGAUAUGGGAAGGAUGUAGUGAAGGUCCUCGCAAUCAGGAGAGAGGGAAAGCAUCAUUACAUCAAAGAGAUUGAAGCAAACAUUCAGCUUACACUGAACACCUUAAAGGAUUACAUGCACGGAGACAAUUCUGAUAUUAUUCCUACUGACACAAUGAAGAAUACCAUUCACGCCUUGGCUAAGCUCAAGGGGAUUCGAACAAUUGAAGAAUUCGCCCUGGAUAUAUGUGACCACUUCUUGACUUCCUUUCACCAUGUUAGAAGGAUGAUGGUCUACAUUCAGGAGGCACCUUGGAAACGGCUGGAGAAAGAUGGUGUAGGUCACGUACACACCUUUGUUCAUACUCAUGAAGCAACACAUUUUUGCGAAAUUGAACAGAUGAAAAAUGAGCCCCCUGUCAUUCACUCUGGAUUGAAAGAUAUGAGAGUCUUAAAAACAACACAGUCUGGAUUUGAAGGAUUCCGAAAAGAUCGAUUCACUACACUUCCGGAAGUGAGGGACAGAGUGUUCUCCACCGUUGUGUAUGCUAAGUGGCUUUACAGUAGGCCCAGAUAUGUCAACUUUGAUGCAGCCUGGAAUACCGUGAAGGAUUCAAUCAUUGAGACAUUUGCAGGACCUUAUGAUUCUGGAAUAUACUCUCCCUCUGUUCAGAAGUCCCUCUAUGAUGCUCAGUGCCUCUGUUUGAGCAGAGUACCAGAGAUGGAAGAGAUUGAAAUGGUCAUGCCAAAUAAACAUUACUUUACAAUUGAUAUGACGAAAUUUGGAAUUCAUAAAAAUAACGAGGUUCUAUUGCCUUUGGAUAACCCCUCAGGAAUUAUUUCGGGUACUGUACGGAGGAGAUUCACAUCCAAACUGUAGCAGAGGACGGUUAAGAGAAAGAGGCAGAGAGAGGAGAGGUCAAAUACUGAUGCAUCGUUGUCCUGAGUGUUUGAUUCACCAAAGGUGAAAAUUUUAAAAAGAAAUGAAUAAAUCUCACAUGGCCCAGUGCAAAUGGAAAACGUGGAUUAAAUUAGAAGUUUGAUCACAGGUUAAAUGCAUAACAUUUGCAAAUGUGUUUAUAAAACGCAAGGUUAGAAUGUUAAGAUAAUGUUUUAAUGUUGGAAUAAACGCAGCUGUUGGUUCUGCAUGAGAUAAUCUAACAAUGGAAUUACUUGAGAUAAUAGGAACUGCAGAUGCUGGAGAAUCCAAGAUAACAAGGUGUGGAGCUGGAUGAACACAGCAGGCCAAGCAGCAUCUCAGGAGCCG